UGUCUAAUAACACAUAUAACUAACUAAUAAACUGUGAAGAAAAGCUGUACGGUCUGUCGACGUCUUUACAAUGGCUCCUUCUUCUUCAGCUAAUGUUCGCCCUUCUCAUAUCCUCUCCAUCCCACGACCGUCACCGACCUGCGUUCCCAACCUCCGUCUCCUGGCCUCCGGUUUCAGUCUCAUCUUCAAAUCGAGUUACUUAUCCGCCGAACUCUCUUCCCGGCAAACCAGGAGUGUGCAGGUUCCUGUAGUUUCCUCCACUCGAAUGCAACGUCGAAGCAUGGAACAAAGCAAUGUCUAUGUGGCUUCAAAUUCUAUGGAAACGGAGAUUGGAAGUCAAGAAAUCACCAAGAAUCCGAGCUUGAUCUGUGCUCCAGUGAUGGCGGAUUCAAUAAACAAGAUGGUGACUGAAACGUGCAAAGCACGUGAACUGGGUGCAGAUUUGGUGGAAAUUCGAUUAGAUAGUCUCAAGGGUUUCAACCCUCUUGAGGAUCUUAAAACAAUCAUUAAAAAAUCUCCUCUUCCCACUCUAUUCACCUACAGACCAAAAUGGGAAGGUGGUCAAUAUGACGGCGAUGAUAAUGAGCGGCUGGAUGUGCUCCGUUUGGCCAUGGAACUAGGAGCUGAUUACAUUGAUGUUGAACUUCAGGUUGCAAGUGAGUUCAUCAAAUCGAUUAAAGGAAAGAAGCCUAAAAAUUUUAGAGUUAUUGUUUCAUCACACAACUAUCAGAAUACCCCUUCCCUUGAGGAUCUCAAUGACCUUGCUGUAAGCAUACAACGGGCUGGAGCCGACAUAGUGAAAAUUGUUACUACUGCUGUGGACAUCACAGAUGUUGCUCGCAUGUUCCAUAUAACUUCAAAUUCUCAAAUUCCCACAAUAGGACUUGUUAUGGGUCAAAGGGGUCUAAUGUCUCACAUUCUUUGUUCGAAAUUUGGUGGAUAUUUGACCUUUGGCACCUUGGAAUCCGGAAAAGUUUCUGCAUCUGGUCAACCAACGAUCAAGGAUCUGUUGGAUCUUUACAACUUUAGAAGAAUUGGUCCUGACACUAAGGUUUAUGGAGUUAUUGGCCAGCCUGUCAGUCACAGCAAAUCACCUGUUGUCCACAAUCAAGCUUUCAAAUCAGUUGAUUUUAAUGGAGUAUAUGUUCACCUAUUAGUUGAUGAUAUUGCAAGCUUUCUCAAAGCAUACUCAUCCUCUGAUUUCGUUGGAUUCAGCUGUGGAAUUCCUCACAAAGAAGCUGCAUUGACAUGUUGUGAUGAGGUUGAUCCAUUGGCAAAGUCUAUAGGAGCUGUGAACACUAUACUAAGGAGACAAAGUGAUGGAAAGUUGAUGGGUUACAACACGGAUUGUAUUGGUUCCAUUUCUGCUAUUGAGGAUGGCCUUCGAAGCUCAAGUCAUCCGAGCAGUGUACGUUGUACAUCUGCUUCGCCAUUAGCCGGUAAAACAGUGGUGGUUAUUGGUGCUGGUGGAGCAGGCAAGGCAGUUGCUUAUGGUGCAAAAGUGAAGGGGGCCAAAGUUGUAAUUGCUAAUCGAACUUAUGAACGAGCACUAGAGGUUGCAGAAGCAAUCGGAGGCAGAGCGGUAUCUCUAGCGGAUUUAGAGAGCUUCCAUCCAGAAGACGGCAUGGUUUUGGCCAACACCACUUCUGUAGGUAUGCAACCAAAUGUCGAUGAGACUCCCAUUUCCAAGUAUGCAUUGAAGCACUACGCACUAGUAUUUGAUGCGGUGUAUACUCCAAGAGUCACCAGACUGUUACGGGAAGCAGAAGAAUGUGGAGCCGUAACAGUGUCGGGGUCAGAGAUGUUUGUGAGACAGGCUUACGAGCAGUUUGAGAUUUUCACUGGUUUGCCCGCUCCAAAGGAACUCUACUGGGAGGUCAUGUCAAAGUACUGAGACCUCUCUCGCUUGUGUGUGAAUGUCUUAUCUUCUUCGUCAUCCAUUGCAUGGAAACUCAAGUCAAUAAACUUUAGCUGUUUCUCUAUGUAUUGUAUUUAUAUAAAACGAUAAAAGCUUUUUGAGUUGAUUAGAUUAUGAAAAUGUGCAAUUAUCGA